AUGACACAAAUAUUAUCGUCGAAUUACGAAACAGUCGAUGAUGUAUCGUUAGCGCUAUUAUCGAAAUCAACCUAUUUUGAGAGUACAGUUCUGAUUUGGUUUGAUCCAAAUAUCGGAUCACAUGAAGAUACUGCAAAAACGAAACAACAGCUUUGUCGGAUCCAUGAUAAUGUAAUUUUUGUGACCGAUCUUGAUCGUUGCGUUACACUGAUUCAAUCCAAUAAUGCAGAAAAAAUCUUUUUAAUUCUGUCGGGAUCAAAAGCAGGACAAAUUCUAUCGCAAACGCCUUCUUGCCGUCAGAUCGAUUCAAUUUUUAUUUUCUGUAUGAAAAAACAUCGAUACGAAAAUCUAUUAAAUGAAUAUGCAAAAAUCAUUGGAAUUUUUAGUAAUCUUAAUGAUUUAUGUUUAUCAAUUAAACGACAAAUCGAUCUCAAUAAUAAACAAACGCAAACAUUUUCAAUUUAUGACCAAGAAGAAAAAUCAAUAAAACGCUUAACUAAAGAUUCGGCUGCAUUUAUUUCAUUCCAACUUUUCAAAAAUGUUAUUUCUUCUCUUCCACGCAAUGAACAAUCAAAAAAACAAAUGAUUCAAAUAUGUAAACAAUAUUAUCGUCGAAAUACAAAAGAAAUGACGUUGAUCGAAGAAUUCGAAAAGAAUUAUCAAUCAAGAGACGCAAUACGUUGGUAUUCGAAACAAUCGUUUGUUUAUAAAUUAAUCAAUAAAGCACUAAGAACAGAAGACACUGAUCUUCUUUACACAUUUCGAUUUUUCAUUAACGAUCUCUCGGAAAAUCUUAAAUAUGAACAUGAAAAAAUAUUAAUGUCAGAUGAAAUCGUUUUAAAUGUUUAUCGCGGAGUUAAACUUGACAAAAAAGAAUUUGAUAAACUAAAAGAAAAUCAAGGAAAAGUAAUUUCAGCAAAUGGAUAUUUAUCAACAAGUCGAAAUAGAUCAUUAGCAGUACGUUUUGCCAUGAAACCAACAAAACGACGCGAUACGAUUCGUGUUUUAUUCGAUAUUCAAUGUGAUCUUGAACAACUGGAUAAGAACACUAUUUUUGCUGAUAUCAGUGAAUUUAGUCAAUAUCCGCGUGAAGAAGAAGUUUUAUUUGAUUUAAAUGCUUGUUUUGUAAUUGAAUCUAUUGAAGAACAGGGACCAUUACAAAUCAUUAAAAUGAAUCUUUCAAAUGAAGUAGAAAAAAUAACCAAAGAUUAUCUUAAAUUAACUCAAAAUGAAACUGGAGAAAUUAAUGUUUCGAUUAUUUUCGGAAGAUUAUUAUGUGACUUAGGUGAAUAUGAUAAAUCACAAAAAUAUUUUGAACAAUUAUUAAACGAUUCGAUUGGUGAAGAUCGUGCUUGGAUUGAAUUUAAUAUUGGUCGAGCUCUUCAUUUCAAAGGUCAAUUGAAAGAAGCGCGAAAGUAUUUUGUUCUCGCCUAUGACCAAAUGAUGAAGAAUAAGCCGACAAGAAUUGGACAUUCUGCUCAAGUUCUUAAUCAGUUUGGUAACAUUUUGUCCUACCAGGGAAAGCGUGAUGAAGCUCUUGAUUAUCAUCAUCGAGCAUUGAAAAUGCGAGAGGAAUUCUAUCCAUUUGGUCAUGUUGGUAUUGCUACUAGUCUUAGCAAUAUUGGUCUUAUUCUCAAAAAUCAAGGAAAAUAUGAUGAAGCGCUCGAUUGUCAUAGAAAAGCACUGAAAAUUCUCGAGGAAUUCUAUCCGCCUGGUCAUGUCGAAAUUGCUAGAAAUUUUAAUAAUAUUGGUCGUAUUCUUGAUAUUCAAGGAAAUUACAAUGAAGCUCUCAGUUAUCACAAGCGAGCAUUGAAAAUUUACAAGAAAUUUUAUCCAGCUGGUCAUGCAAAUAUUGCUAGAAGCUUUAACAACAUCGGCCGUAUUCUCAAUAAUCAAGGUAAAUACGAUGAAGCGCUCGUUCAUCAUCAACGAGCGUUGAAACUUCGCGACAAAUGUUAUCCAUCUGGCCAUAUGGAAACAGCUCAAAGCUUUAACAAUAUUGGUCUUACUCUUAAAAACCAAGGAAAGUAUGAUGAAGCUCUCGAUUAUCAUCAACGAGCGUUGCAAAUUCAAGAGAAAUUUUAUCCAUCUGGUCAUGUUGAUAUUGCAGGCAGCUUGAACAGUAUUGGUAUUUGCUAUGAAAAUCAGAAUAACCAAAAAAUGGCACUUCAAUGUUAUCAGCGUGCACUGACUAUGCAUGAGAAGUUUCUUUCGAUUGAUCAUCCAGAUAGAAAGAUAACAGAAAGUUACAUUCGUCGACAUAGUGGAAAAAAUUGA